CAGACUGCUGAACAAAGACCCCAGCUCCAAUGGUGGGCGCCUUGUUCGGAAGCUGAUCAGAGCAGACAGCUGAUUGGCUCAUACGCUUGAUUGAAAGCAUCAUGUGGAAUGAGCGAGCGAGGGAACUCUCCAGUGAACUGAUGGUCAUUGUGGACUAAGAUUUUUAUUUGCUUUUAAAAGUUGCAAUGCGCCUUCGAGGAGCACCGAGAGCCAGAUUUCUGCAGAUCCUGGAAUCUGAAUGAAUACCAUGUUCUUCCAGAUGUCUUGCCACCUGUUCGAGAGUCUCUGUCCCAAAGAGCAACGUUGACCUCUCCUGUUGGUUUCCUGCAUCGAGAUAAUAGAAGGUAUGCUGGAAUGAGGAGCAUGGAUUCGUCUGAUCGCGAUCGCCCAGUCAGCUACGGUUCUACAUCUUCCUCUGCCUCUUCUAGGGAUAGCCACUGCUCCUUGAGCAGUGGGAUGACUCUGGUCUCCAACAGCCACUUGGGCCUUGCUGGCCAAGAGAAGGAAGCUGGGGCCAUCCGGUUGGAGCUGAUCCCGACAGGGCACUUGUCCAGCACCAAUGAUUGUGCAAAGAUUAAUUUGCCGCGUAUGAAUUCUGGAGAGGUGGAUGAGAAGAGGACUGGAGAUUUUGCAAUCAAAAGAGUUGACUCUAGGGGGUCCCACAAGAAUCGUGCAGUGUCACCGGGAGCAGCGUCUGUAAGACCUGGGCUGCUUUAUGUGGACAGAGUAGUCCAGGAAAUCCUGGAGACUGAGCGGACCUAUGUUGAAGAUCUGAGGAGCAUUGUGAAGGCUAUAAAGUAUCUAACUGGAAAGUACAGUGGCACUUCUCCAGCCGUAUGGAACUUUGUCAGAACACUACAGCAGGUCCAGGACACACUGCGCACGCGCACGCUCACACUGAAGCAAGAUUGUUCAUUGGCAAGCAACUGGAAGUUGGGGCCAUUCUUAAGGACAGUGGAGGGGUUCUGCAAAGUGGACAUCCAG